UAGCAAAAAUACUGUAUAAUAUUAAUCUGUGAAAAAGUGAAUAUCGAUAAGCGCGUUAAAAGUGAGCCCUCAUGUCUUGACUCUGUCCUGAGUCGUCCACGCCAGAUAUGGGGGACGCUAACGAAGAAGAAAGCGCACCUAAAGCUGUUGAAUAUCAAGUACCAGCUAUUAUUCAACAGCACGAGCUACAAAUAAAUCACGUGCGUCAACAACUGCAGCAAUUACAGCACGUCCAAGGAGACGAGGAAAAUUGCCAAGAACACCAACUACAGUUAGGGCAGCCUUCUCAACAUUAUGGAGCGCAAUGUAUCGCAACAGGCGGUGCAGCAACCUCGGCUCCAGUGUUUCAGAGCAGUAGAUGUUCAACGCACCGUCCUCAAUCCCAAGAAUCAUCUCCGAUGUCACUGCCGGGUGAACUCGAAGAAAGACAUUUUGGAUCUCUAGAAGAAGGUGAUGAUGAUGCUGUGGAGGAGGAGCAGGAGAAGAAGCAGAAGGAGAGGAAAACAAUGCAUUUACUAGAACUUGAUUUGAAUGUUUGGGUGGAUGAAAUACCGUAUUUAAAGCUGGAGAAAAGUGCAAGCGAUUUAGGAAGACUUCCUACUUCCAAUGUCGUACGAAAAGAAAGUGCCUGAUAGCAUUCCGUCUGAAGACGAGUUGAGAGUAUUUUACACUGUAUUAUUGUUUGUAUACUUUUAUGGACAGUUAUGAUAAAAGUGUUUUAUGCCUUUUGAUUAGAAAUAGUCAGUUCUGCUUGAUAGUUUGAAAAUGUUGCCCAUUUUCUUCGGGACCAUUUCAUGAAUUUCAUUCAUGUUGCAUUUGUAUAAAUUAUAUGAAGUAUGUUAUAUCUAGUCAUUAUUUUUUUAUACAUUCUAAUGUAAAUUUGUAAAUAUUUACUUAUUGACUUUUAUACAAUUAGGGUUUCUUGUUCACUUUCUUCAGGCUGUGGAUGCCUGAUAAUCCAGGAGAAAAUAUUCCCCAUUAUAAUUGUAGUCGAUAUUUGAUAGCCGUUAGCGGCGAUAUUUACUUCUUUGCCAAUGCCUUCCCAUGUCCCCCUACACUGAUGGGAUGCUCUCUGUGCAUUUCCUUGAUUGAUAUGAAAGGAAUUGCGUGUAUCCUUAAUGGGAAGAACUUUGCUCAGCGAGCGGCAAGGUAAAUCACAGAAUGAGUCUGUGGAGAUUAAGAGAAGAGGAGAGGAUUAUCUAGAUGGAUAAUCCCGAAGGAUGGGCUAAGAGAUGAAGAGGCGAAGCGCUUGAGAGAUUAUUCUCCGCGGCUCGCCCCUGCAUUUCUUAAUAUAGCUUCGUAUUUCGACGGACUGCUAGGCCUCCGUCGAGGUGUGAACCUACUCAUCCGUGCUGUGGAGUUCUCUCUGUUAUAAUUGCGAACGAGACAGUGACGCGAAUUCUAUUGGUCAGACGGCUCGACGUCGGGUGCAAACGCCGGUCUUGCCCGCCUUUCACGACACAGCCUUUGACUAUGUCGUUUCAGACAUUGCUCGGUGUAGCUCGACGCAGCCCCUUGCCAAGUCACGUCCAUUGCAAUAUUUGCGUCACUGUCUUGUUUCAGUAAAAGGAUCAAAGUGAAUUUCUUGCCCACUCGCCACCAGACGCAAGCCAAAUAGUGUGCGCCUGUGUCAGAACUGAAGAAAGAAUGUUGAUGAGUACUUGUGGCCUGUGAGGGUAAUAUUUUUGUAACUUUUAAGUGAUUGAAAAGCGAUGUUGUAGAUGAGCACUGAUUAGAUUAUUCAGUGCCAAAGGUAUUACAAUAUGCUAGAUUCCAUGUGCCUAAUUGAGAGAUGGAUAUUUUAUUGAUGUACAUCGUUGUCCUAGAUCUUAGAUUGAUGUUGCAGGACCAAUAUAAAUCUGUUGAAUUGUCUGUUAUAAAAUGAAAUUGUAAGAGAUUCUGUUAUUUUAAUGUACAAGUUGUGAAUCUCAAAUGUUUUUUUUGGAAUUGUGAAUUGUGAAUUGUGAAUUGUGACUGUAAAUUCCAUUGUGUAAAAUGAAACCUGGGAUGACUGAAGAAUUUGAUUCCACAUGAAGGUGAAAGUACUGAUGUUUCAAAUGACAUUCUUUUCGGAGGAGUUUGUUGUAUCAGUUUUCAUCAUCUUGAAAUAUGUUUUGUCUGUUUCAAUAUACAGUUACUUUCACGUUCAUGAAAAUUAAUUAUUAGUGAGAACUUUGCUAUUUUUCUGUCCAUUGAUGUCUGCUUGUUAAUUCAUGUAAAUACUUUAUCGUAAAACUGUUUAUAAACAUGGUUUUGCCCUACUUUCUUAUAUUAAAGAUUUUUGGAAUACACUUUUGUAUGAAAA